AUGAUCAACCCUGUGAACUUUGGGCCCGCCAUUCUAAAGCGAUUCAUGGCGCCUGAUGUUCCAGGGUUGGAAACUUUUGCGACCAGUCCCUCCCUUUGUUUCUUCCUGGAGCAUCCUUCCGGCAGACGCCUGGUAUGGGAUUUGGGUAUACGGAAAGAUUACGAUCAUUACGCGCCCUCGAUAAAGGAUUACCUUCCGACAACGAAAUAUACUAUAGAAGUGACCAAGAACGUGGCGGAAAUCCUGCAAGAGCACGGGAUUGAACUAAACAGCAUUGAAGCUGUCAUAUGGAGCCAUCAUCACUGGGAUCACAUCGGCGACCCAUCCACUUUUCACCGGUCCACAAAACUCAUAGUCGGUCCUGGAUUCAAGCAGGCAAUGCUGCCAGGGGCGCCAGCGAACCCUCAGUCUCCUAUCCUUGAAAGUGACUAUGCGCCGGAUACUUUCAUUCUACUGGGUGGUGACGUAUGUCACUACGCUGGCAUUUUGCGGCCGUCCGAGUAUCUGCCGGUGCCAAAAUGCAUCUCGCCGCACCCCUGCCGACCCAUGGAAGGUGGUGCAGUGCUCUGCCCCGGCAGUGCUUGGGAAGAGCUCCAAAAUUCGAGAGGGAGGAAGGUAGACGACACUCUCUUAGACAUGACAUAUGGGAUGAAUAUUCCACUGGCGUCUCAGACCGUCCAUUCACUACAGCAGUUCGAUUGCCUUGAGAACAUCUUUGUUAUCAUUGCGCAUGAUUCCACAGUCAGGGACGGCGCGCCACAUUUCCCAAAAACUUUGAAUGACUGGAAGGCAAGAGGACUUGGGGAGGGGCUGAAGUGGUCCUUCUUUCGUGAUUUAAAUUAUGAAGACAAAGAUGAUCUGCCCAACUACAUAGCAUGGGAAUGGCCUCCGGUGCACUGUAUCACAAUGGGCUCAGCCGACGAUUUUUCUAAGCACAACUGGAAUGGCCAACAUGGUCUAUCAGACUUCAUGUCGGUUAAUCAAGGCCUUGACUACGAUGUUCUCAUCGUUGGCGCUGGUCUCAGCGGCCUCUACUCUCUUAUCCGGAUGCGAGAACUUGGCGUAAGGGCUAGAGUGCUCGAAGCAGGCUCGGCAGAGGGUGGCACUUGGUACUGGAAUCGGUAUCCCGGUGCACGUUUUGACUCGGAGAGUUACUCGUACAUCUUCUCAUUUUCCCAGGAGGUUCUUGAUGAGUGGGACUGGACCGAGCACUUCUCGCCCCAGCCGGAAACGUUGCGAUACAUACAGUAUUUGACGAUCAAGUUCAACCUCAAGGAUGACUUGCAGUUCAAUACCAGAAUCAAGACAGCCCAUUUUCAGCAGAGCACCAAUUCAUGGAUGUUGACCGAUUCAGAUGGAAAGUCUUAUUCUUCCAGGUACCUCGUGACGGCUAUGGGAAUUCUCAAUGAGCCCACGCUACCAAACAUCCCUGGUAUACAUGACUACAAAGGAGAAGCUUGGCAUACAGCAAGAUGGCCGAGUGACAAGAGCCUGGAGGGCAAGCGUGUCGGAAUAAUUGGCACCGGCGCAACCGCAAUACAGACCAUACAAGCAAUUCACAAGUCCGUGAGUAGCUUGACGGUGUUUCAAAGGACUCCAAACUGGACAGCGCCUCUGCGUAACACCAAGAUCACCCCCAAGGAAAUGAAAGAUAUCCGGAAUCGAUACCCUGAGAUCUUUAAGCGGUGUCUCGAUUCCUACUCUUGCUUUAUACAUGUUGGUGACACCAGGAGCGUCUUUGACAUGAAAGAGGAUGAGCGCGAAAAUCUUUGGGAAUCCUUGUACCAACUACCGGGCUUUGCCAAAGUGCUCGGAAUAUCAGGAAAUAUCUACACAGACAGAGAGGCGAAUCGACUAUACAGCGAUUUCCAGGCCAACAAGAUACGCCAGCGACUCAAAGACCCCAAACUCGCUGAAAAGCUCAUCCCCAAGAAUCACGGCUUUGGAACUCGUCGUGUCCCACUUGAAAGUGGCUACUACGAAGCAUUCAAUGAGCCGCACGUCAAGCUUGUCGAUCUCACGGAGGACCCGAUCGAGACAUUCACGGAGAACGGGAUCAGGACGAAAGCCGGGGAAUUCGAGUUUGACGCAAUAAUCUACGCUACGGGCUUUGACGCAGUCACUGGUUCAUUCCGCGCAGUCGACUUUGCCGGCAUUGAUGGUCUCCCACUGACUGAUGUCUGGGCUGAAGGCAUCAACACCUUCCUCGGCCUGACCGUCAAGGGCUUCCCCAAUAUGUUCAUGGUCAUGGGACCGCAUCAAAUGUUCGGAAACAUCCCACGGAGCAUCGAGUACGCGGUCGGUUGGAUCGCUGAUUUCAUCCGCUACGCGCGAGACCACGGCAUUACGUAUGCGGAAGCGACAGACGAGGGCAUGCGUACGUGGACGGAACACGUGUGGAAGUGUGGCGAGGGCCUGUUGGCGAAUGAGGUCGACUCCUGGAUGACUGGUGUGAACAAGAACCUAGCACACAAACAGAAACGCUCGAUGACUCGAUAUAAUGGACCGGCACCAGGAUACAGGGCGAGAUGUGACGCGGUAAAGGCCAGAAACUAUUCCGAUUUUGUACUUCGUUGA